GAGCGCCGCCGAGAGAAGCAGUUCCUGGCAGCUCCUCCGUGCUUCGUUUCGCCGGCCCGUGCAGGAGCGGCCCGCGCCGUCCCUUCCGCGCAGUGGGUCCGCGGAGACCAGAUGUUGCGCGUGCUCUGCGGCGCCAUCCUCUCGGCCCGCAUGCGGGGGCGGCACCGACCUCGCUCCCAGCGUCGUAUCUCCGCCUCGCGCCCGCUGGGAUCUCGGCGCUACCUGCACUCGCCCCUUGGCUCUCCCGCGGCGGGCGGAGGGCCGCUGUCAGCAUGGCCGCAGCGCCGCGCGUGGUGGAGAUCACCCCGGACUUGGAGCCGCUGCCCUUGCCGGACUUAAGAGAGCUCGGCGGAGAAGCGGCUCCCAUGCCGCGCAUCUUCGUUGGAGGGUCCAGAUCGUGCCCUACUAAGGAGUGAAGGCGACAGCGACAGCUCUGCGGGUUGGAAGAACACCAACUGACCGAGAAAACUGUUAGGAAGAGGAGAAGAUGUGAUACAGGAACAUCGAGCCUAAGCUGAGAAUGGCCGGAUGUGGAUCCCUGUGUUGUCCCACAAGUGGCUGGAAUCUCAAGUCUCUGGAAGUAUUCUGGCUGUCUUGGCUUUCCAACCCCACCGAUCCUCCAGAGCGCACCACGUAUGGAGAAAAGAAGUGCAAUUUAUAGUGUGGCUUGACAUUUAAAUCAGAAGUUUUCAUCUAAACACACCUGCCCAAUAGAAGGGUGAAUGACCUGUGGAAACCUCUGGACCCAGGAGGCUGGGCUGCAACUUUGGGAUGACUUGGAGCGCAGUCCACCAGGAGGAAAAUGCUUCCUGCGUGGGGUCCUGACACCUGCAGAUGGGGCUUUGCCAUGAUUUCUUCUGGAUGUUUCUGUAAGGAGGAAUGCAGUGGUGUCCUUUGAAAGAAGAGGAUGCCAUUCCCCAUGUGAGGGCAAUGGAAGCUCAUGGAGGACGACCACCGGAUCCAGAGAGCGAGCGACCAGGAGAGGAUACCAGCGUGAGACAGCGGAGCGGUCGGCCUCCUGAUGUUGGCGGUGCUGAAUGUGUAGAUAACACAGAUGCCAAAUUGCUAAGACAACUGCAAGCUCAAGAAACAGCCCGACAAGCUGCACAAAUAAAGCUUUUGAGAAAACUCCAAAAGCAGGAACAGUCUCGCAUUGCCAAAGAAGCUAAAAAACAACAAGCAAUAAUGGCUGCUGAGGAGAAGCGACAGCAAAAAGAGCAGAUAAAGAUUAUGAAACAACAGGAAAGAAUUAAGAGAAUACAACAAAUCAGAAUGGAAAAAGAACUUCGAGCCCAGCAAAUUCUAGAGGCUAAGAGGAUAAAGAAGGAAGAAGCUGCAAAAGCCAAAUUCUUGGAGGUUGAGAAACGAAGACAGGAAAGAAUUAAGAGAAUACAACAAAUCAGAAUGGAAAAAGAACUUCGAGCCCAGCAAAUUCUAGAGGCUAAGAGGAUAAAGAAGGAAGAAGCUGCAAAAGCUAAAUUAUUGGAGGCUGAGAAACGAAAACAGGAAAGAAUUAAGAGAAUACAACAAAUCAGAAUGGAAAAAGAACUUCGAGCCCAGCAAAUUCUAGAGGCUAAAAGGAUAAAGAAGGAAGAAGCUGCAAAAGCUAAAUUUUUGGAGGCUGAGAAACGAAAACAGGAAAGAAUUAAGAGAAUACAGCAAAUCAGAAUGGAAAAAGAACUUCGAGCUCAGCAAAUUCUAGAGGCUAAAAGGAUAAAGAAGGAAGAAGCUGCAAAAGCUAAAUUAUUGGAGGCUGAGAAACGAAAACAGCCUUUGCCAGAGUUGCCUCGUAUUCCAGGACUUGUUCUCUCUGGAAGUACAUUUUCAAACUGUCUCAUGGUGCUGCAGUUCUUAGGAGAGUUUGGUAAAGCUUUAGGCUUUAAUGGAAAUACUGAUGUUCCAAACCUGAGUAUUAUUCAAGAGGGAUUGCUGAAUCUAGGGGACAGCAUGGAUAAAGUACAAGACCUGCUUGUGAGGCUCCUGUCAGCUGCUGUGUGUGAUCCAGGUCUAAUUACAGGAUACAAGGCCGAAACAGCUCUUGGAGAACAUUUGCUGAAUGUUGGUAUGAAUCGAGACAAUGUUUCCGAGAUCUUGCAGAUCUUUAUGGAGGCCCGUUGUGGACAGACUGAGCUCACCGAAAGCCUGAGGACCAAGGCUUUCCAGGCCCACACUCCGGCCCAGAAAGCCUCGGCGCUGGCCUUCCUGAUCAGUGAGCUGGCGUGCAGCAGGAGGGUGGUGAGUGAAAUUGACAAGAACACUGAUUAUAUGUCAAACUUGAGGAGAGAUAAAUGGAUGGUAGAAGGUAAACUCCGCAAGCUCCGAAUCAUUUAUGCUAAGAAAGCAGGCAAGAGAGACACUUCAGGUGGCAUCGAUCUUGGAGAAGAGCAGCACGUGUUGGCCACCCCCACAGCAGGACGCAAGCGAAGAAGGAAGGGCGGGGACAGUGACGCUGAUGGCAACGAGGAGGAGGAGGAAGAAGACAAGGAAGACAAAAAAGGAAAGAAAACUGAUGUCUGUGAAGAUGAGGAUGAAGGUGACCAAGCAGCAAGUGUUGAAGAGCUAGAAAAACAGAUUGAAAAGCUGAGUAAACAACAGAGUCAGUACAGAAGGGAGCUCUUUGAUGCGUCUCACUCUUUACGUUCGAUGAUGUUUGGCCAGGAUCGUUACAGACGUCGGUACUGGAUUUUUCCCCAGUGUGGGGGGAUUUUUGUAGAAGGCAUGGAGAGCGCUGCAGGGCUGAAAGAAAUUGCAAAAGAAAGAAAAAAACUAAAAAAAGCAGAAAGCAUCCAGAUCAAAGAAAUAUUUGAUACUUCUGACGACACUUUAAAUUGUUCAAAUCCGGAUCAUUGUGAGCAAAAGGAAGAUCCUAACGAAAAAGAUAACACAAAUCUAAUUCUUCAGAAACCUGGCUCUUUUUCCAAAUUAAGCAAGCUUUUAGAAGUAGCUAAGGUGCCUCCUGAGUCAGAUGUAACGACCCCCAAACCAAAGAGCGGUGCAGAUGGGUGCGCACUGCCUCACCAGAACCAUGGGAGACACUCACCAGGCAGCAUGCUGCCAACAGUGACACAGAACAGCAUGGAAAAGACAGACUCGAAUCUGUUCAGUACUGGUUCAGGUGGUGCAGGCAAGGUCUACAGUCCUCUCCCCAGUGACCAGUUGUUAUUGCCAAGAACACCUUGGGAGGACACUUCCCUUACCCAUGCCGAUGCGCCAACUGCUUCUUCGCCAACUCCUCAGGCCCAGCUGCCCUCUAAGUCACCUUUGCCUGCCCCAGCUCCUCUUCUUGGGUCAUCUUCUGCUCAAAAUCCUGUUGGCCUAAACCCAUUUGCUUUAUCGCCUCUUCAGAUGAAAAGUGGAGUACCAGUGAUGGGACUCCAGUUUUGUGGGUGGCCCACAGGCGUGCUUACUUCCAGUAUUCCAUUCCCACCACCUGUCCCUAGUGUGGGAUCAGGGUUGGGACUGUCAGAAGGAAACACUGAUGCAUUCUUGACUCCCUGUGUUGGGUCAAAUGGAAGUGAGACUCCAGUACCACAGAACGAAAAAGUCUCUUCGACUCAACCUGCAGCUCUUGAAGUAGCCAAACCAGUAGAUUAUCCUAGUCCAAAGCCUAUUCCAGAAGAAAUGCAGUUUGGCUGGUGGAGAAUUACUGACCCAGAGGAUUUAAAAGCUUUGCUCAAAGUGCUACAUCCCAGAGGAAUAAGAGAAAAGGCAUUACAAAAACAAAUUCAGAAACACCUGGAUUACAUCACUCAAGCCUGCAUCGAGAAUAAGGAUGUUGCUAUUAUUGAAUUAAAUGACAAUGAAGAAAACCAGGUAACUCGAGAUAUUGUGGAGAACUGGUCAGUAGAAGAACAAGCAAUGGAAGUGGAUUUGAGGAUUCUUCAACAGGUAGAAGAUCUGGAAAGGAGAGUCACAUCAGCAAGUUUACAAGUAAAGGGUUGGAUGUGUCCAGAACCGGCAUCAGAAAGGGAGGACUUGGUCUAUUUUGAACAUAAGUCAUUUUCUAACUUGUGCAAGGAGCACAAUGGAGAAUUUACUGGCGAAGAAGAAAGCAGUGCACAUGCACUAGAGCGGAAGAGCGACAACCCCCUAGAUAUAGCUGUAAGCAGGCUGUCUGAGUUGGAGCGAAACAUUGAAAGGAGGUAUCUGAAGAGCCCCUUAAGUACCACCAUUCAGAUCAAACUGGAUAAUGUGGGCACAGUUACUGUCCCUGCUCCUGCACCAUCCACUAGUGGUGAUGAUGACGGAAUUGAAGAGGAUAUUGUUCCCGGUCUCAGGGUGUGGCGAUGGGCAUUAUCAGAAGCUCGCAGUGCUGCACAGGUAGCUCUGUGCAUUCAGCAGUUACAGAAAUCCAUAGAAUGGGAAAAAUCAAUUAUGAAAGCUGCAAGUUCACUGAAAAGGGGCCGCAAAGACAGAAAAAGGAAAAUAGAGGAAAACAUCUGCGGUACUGGAGUAAAACAAGAAAGCUGUACUCGUGGAAAGAAACUGAAACAGGACAACUCUGACCUGACUCUUGGCAGUACAAGCCUUACUAAAAUGCAAACUCAUCUCAAUAAAGACAUGAAAAAAAGAAAAAUAGAGGAAAACACCUUCAGUAACUUACCAAACCAGGAAAGCUUUAAUUCUGUAAAGAAAAUGAAGCAAGACCACUCUGACCUGACUCUUUCCAGUACCCUUACUGAAAUGGACAGUCAUGAAGAUGCACGGCCUUUUGUAGAACUGCCGGAGUGCAGCACACGGAGUCGUCUGCGUUUCCGCCUCAGGGAUGGAAGACACGUUGUUAUUAAAAAUGCGUAAGCAGCUCUUUAAUGACCUGUCUGGUAUCUGGGGGUCUCAUCAACAAGAAAUAAAGUGGUUAAACACACACACAGAACAGUCUUUCAAGAAUGAUCAUUUUCUUUUAAACAAAUACAAUAUCCCUGAAAAAAGGAAAGCUUGGUGUGCAUAUUGGCUACUUUGGGCUGGUGUUUUCAUCACUGGUGGUACAUACUCAGCAGGAGCAGCUGGGCAGGAAGUGGUGGGCAUGGUAUGAAAAUGGCAGUUGGCCCAGUACUAAUUGUCACUGUACGUGUGGGUAUCAUUUGUUCUGUGACUGACUUGCACUCGAGGUGCCCUAGGGUGAGUGUAUCCUCAAGCCCCUGGCACGGUUCUCCUCAAAUAACCAAAGUCCUCCUAAGCCUCUGCUACCACCCA